UUGGUGCUCAUACAACACAGAGACAUUGUUUUCAAGAUGGCGCCAAUGUCGAAUGCUGAGAGACAAAGAAAAUACCGUGAAAAAAUAAAACAAAAUGCAGAAAAAUACGAGGAGAAAAAGAAGAAGCAUAGAGAAUACAUGAAAGCUGCUAGAAGACCAAUUCCGGAACUGGCUGAAAAAGAAAAGGAAAAAAAGCGACGAGAAUGGACACUUGCCAAAAAAAAGAAGGUGGUGUAA